AUGGCUGACACCGAUUUAGAUAAUGUGGAAUCUAAAGUGUCUGCUUUGUCAGUUGAAGAUAAAGAAGACAAUAAGAAUGUGGAAAAGCAUUCCAGUCAUUGUGAUGAUAAAAUAAAAACUGAAUUCUGUGAUAAACAAAAUGGCCAGACGGACUCUGAAGCAGAAUCCUGCAGUGAUGAUGAAGGUGUUCAUUUCAAGGAUGCUACUGACCCGGUCAAGCAAGCAGAGGGAGCUGCAGCUAUCAGUACAGAUGAUGAAUACCAUUCAGCUGAUGAAGGGGAGCCUCAUGUGGAUGAGGAGCAACGAAAAGAGAUGGAAGCUCAGUUAACAGAUGAAGAAAAGAAGGAACGACAAGAAGAAGCCCAGUCACUUAAAGAAAAAGGUAAUCAAGAAUUUAAAGAAUCCAGAUUUCAAGAAGCAGUUAAACUUUACACAAAAGCUUUGCUGAUUUGCCCUCUGACCUUUUCCAAAGACAGAUCUAUCAUGUUCUCUAACAGAGCAGCUUGUUACAUGAGAAUGUCCAGGAACAAAAAAGCCAUUGAAGAUUCUUGUUCUGCUCUGGAAUUAAAUCCUAAUUACAUGAAAGCUUUGAUAAGAAGAGCAGAACUUUAUGAGAAAGAAGAGAAACUGGAUGAAGCAUUGGAAGAUUACAAGAAGAUUGUGGAAAUGGACCCUUCUCAGCAUGCUGCUCGAGCUGCUUGUUUGCGGCUUCCCUCUCAGAUUGAGGAACGUAAUGAGAAGUUGAAAACUGAGAUGAUGGGUAAACUAAAGGAUUUAGGAAAUAUGAUUUUGAAGCCAUUUGGACUGUCAACGGACAAUUUCCAGAUGCAAAAAGAUCCAAACACUGGCUCUUACUCUGUAAACUUUAAACAAAAUGUGAAUGCCUCCUGA